AUGAGCAACAGCACUUUAAAAGAAGGAUCAAGAAAUCUAUAUUCUCUUAGGAACAGAUAUAAGAAGAAUUUAAAAAUCUCCACAAAAUCAUGCAGCAGACAUGCUUCAUACAUAGAGCGCAUUCCUUUUGAAAUUCUCCUUAAAAUCUUAUCAUAUUUAGACCCAGUAUCCCUGAUGUCUGCUGGCUGUGUCAGCAAGCAAUUCUACGAUCUUUCCAAUGACAAUGUUUUGUGGUAUAAAAUUUACAUUCUGCAUAAGAAGAAAACUCUGUGUUGGAAAUAUGAUUCUAUGUAUUCGGUUGGGAAAGGUUUAAAUGACACAACAAUUACAGACAGAGAACCUGGCUAUUGGAAGAAGAACUAUAUCAGUGAAUUAAUAACUGCAACAGAGAAAAGAAUUAAUCAGAUUUUGAAAGCUGCCAAAAAACACAAUACAUUUGGUGUGCCAGCUAACAUAGAAAAGCCAGUAAAAAUGUCUGCAUUGACGUGGGCCCUUACUUUCAAAGAUAUUAAUGGGAAAAAAACUGUAAUUGAGCAGUCUGGUAUUACUUUCAGAGAUACAUCCCUUACACUGUGUUGGAAUAGUUAUACUUGGCCUGCCUUACAAACCCUGAUCACACUUCAGCUCCAUGGAAUUACACGGGUUCAGAAUGAUUGUUUGAAUCCUCGUAAAAAUGGGCCUCGAAAGCUUUCACUCAUUGCAGAGUACAACCUGAAGGACUUCAAAAUAUCCAGCAGAUUCGUUGGGCAAGACUCACUUAUAAAACUCUAUUAUCUUGAUCCUGGCUUAAUGAUUGGCUUAUGGAAGAAGACUGCUGACAUAGCCUUUGUGAUGGCGACGCUACAUUAUCACCAGCUGCUUGAGAAGAGUUUUUGGGGCACAACGGAAAGCCCUUACAUUUUCCCUCCACAUGUUCCAGUCCUGGAUGAUAUUGAUUCAGAAUAUGGGCUUCAUGGAUACCAACUUCAAAUUGAUAUGUAUAGUGGGCCAAGAACUUACUUUUGUAGGACCUUCCGUGGUUUAUUUUGUCGAAGAGAGUACAUAAAAAAUGGUUAUGUAAAAAUGACAGCCAUAGGUUUUAAAAACAACAGACAGCACGCCCCUCUUGUGGGCCAAGUGGAUUUUUUGUGGAAGACCCUCACAUUUAGUGGCAGUGUACAGAACUGUUUCAUGAUGGAUGUCACCGUUUUGGAUGCGUUGGAAACUCCGUAUUGGUGCUUCUGUGCUCCUGUACAGCUACAAGAAAGCAAAUGCUCAGAGACCCUUUAUGACUUCAUGGGAAAAAGCUUUCACUUUGAAUACAAAGACUCUAUGGGGAAGCUGUGUGCUGAACUUAACUGGAUGAGAGAGACAGAGGAGUAUUUCAUAAUAAACUUGGUCUUGCUCUUAAACACAGAAAAGUUGAACAGCUACUUUGGAACAAACUACACUGAUUCACCUAACUGAAGCAGAAAAC